UCAUUGUUUUCUUUUAGUUAGGACUACUCGUCCCAGGAUGCAGUUCCACACCUCCGGUUCCCUAGUAACUGUCUCCAAGCCUUGGAGUCAGUGUUUGGAGAAAGGGGUUCAGGCUUACCAAAGUUUUGGCUUUGUUGCAAAAGUUAAGUCAAGACUUAACUCUUCUCUGGUGAACAAGUGUGCAGAUUGUGACAGAUGUCCAUCCAAGAAAUGAAUAAACAUGCAGUUCUCCCUCCUAUCAUUAGUAGAAGUGACAAGGAAUUUUUGGAAAGUAUGCAAAAAUACAUAAUCACAGAAACUGAAAGAGUGGGCUGUACUGAGGAAGGACCUGCUGAUGAAUAUUACAUCAUAUACCGAAACGUUUUUGAUAAGGUAAUAGAGUAUGUCACUGCAUACAAAUCCAUUCUUACUUCAAUCAAAAAAGAAUAUGAUGCCUUUAUUGAGACAAGGAAGGAAGGACAAAGAACUGCAUUUUGUCUUCAUGGAAAACUUAAAGCUUUGGCAGCAGAGCCCACAGCUUUGGUGUAUCACAGGAAAAGAAAAAUCCAACUUGAAACAAAAAUGAGGGUUAUUGAAAAUAAUUCCUCAAAGAUUCAAUUGCAAAUAGACAAAAUGAAACAACUUAGGGCAGAAUAUGAUGCAAAAGAAGUAAGAUAUCAUACUUUCUCCAAAGAUCCUUCAAAACCUAUUCCAGCUAAGCCACAUUUUAAGAAAUUGGAGUAUAUCGUAGAAUUCGUUGGGAUGUUGAGAGGCAUGACUCUCCAAGAAUCUGUCAAUUUAGUUGCUCUCACUAAAUACCUGAAACAUCUUGAAGAUAAAUAUGCUGAAAUUAAACAGGCUAUGUUGAAAAAAUAUGUACCAGUUCAGAGAAAGGCAGAGUUAGAUGAGGAAAUGAUUGUAACAUUAAAACGGAGAGAUUUAGCUGAAAAUCUGAACAAAGAAUUACAGUUUCGUCAUCAAAGACUGCAGAUUAUUUCAAAUGCAUUUACUUCAUGGGUAAAAUCUGAUAUGAGCAGCUCAUUUGAAGACUUUGUGGAGCAAAUUCAGAAAACUAAAAGUUUACCUGUAAUUAUAGGUGACGAAGGCAUUGUUGAAGAACUGCUUGAAGACGAUCCAGGCAAGGCAAAAGAAGCUGAAAUUUUGCUUUGCUACAUUGAAAGGUUCAAUGACUUAAUGUCGCUUGGUGAAUAUGAAAAGGCAGCUUGUUUUGCAGCAAACAGUCCUAGAAGAAUUCUUCAAAACAUUGGGACAGUGAACAAAUUUAAGGCUGUUGGAAAGAUUAGAGGCAAGCCUUUUCCAUUACUCUUAUUUUUUGAGACCAUCUUUAGCACAAGUCAUGCAUGUAGACGUCCUAUUGAUGCAGAACUAACCCUGGAAGGAAUCAAAUGUGGAUUAUCUGAAAAACGUUUAGAUUUAGUUAUCAAUUGGGUCACCCAGGAAAGGCUCACAUUUUCUGAAGAGUUGGGGGAUGUGAUUUGUGAUUUUGGGGAACAGGAUACUUACAACAAGGCCAAGUGCCUGGCUUUAGCUCAGAUGAUCUACAGUGACUGUGGCCUACCCAAGAAAGCUCUUCUUUGCCUAUGUCAACAGGGUCAGAUUCAUGGGGCCAUGGAAUACAUACAACAAUUCAAGGACUUUACUUACGAUGACCUGAUGCAGUUAAUAAAGUUAUGUCCUCACACUGAAUUAAUUCAGUGUCUCACUAGAGAAUGGAACGGGAAACCACCAUCUUUAUCUUUCGGUCUUGUUAUACUUCAUCUGUUUUCUGUAGACAUGGAAAAAGUUGGCAUUAAGCUACUUCAAGAAAUAAGUAAAGGUGGGAAAGGUAUAGUUGAACAUCUUAUGAUAAAUGAUCCAUUUUUCUCAUUAGAAAACUGGCAAGAAGUGGCAAAUAUAUGUAUACAGAAUGGCUUUGACAAAUUAUCUCACGACAUCAUGUCCAUCCUUCAAUCUCAGGCUGGCAUAACAGAAAUUUCUGAAGAGGAUGAUACAGUCAACUUAAUGGAACAUGUUUUUUGGUAGUUCCAUGUCUCAACCAGUUGAGGGAGCUUAUAUAACAUUUUAUGUGUAUUGGUUGGGCAAGCUGGUUUUGGCAUAACUAACUUAUAAAUAAAUCUAAAGUAUGAAGCUCUCAGAAAUAAAUCAUGCUGUUUUUGUUAUGAUGAUUUGUCCUUGAAACAUUUAUACCGUUGCUUUCUUUUUUCCAUAUGAUCAUUUCUGAUAUUGAAUCUUGAUAAAAUCCAAGAAUAUAAUUUUGUAUAAAACUCAGUUUAGGCAGUUCUAUCUAAGGGCAUAAGCUAAUAUCUAGAUAUAUUCCUUUCUGGGGAUCUAGUUUUAUAGUAAGAACUGAGGAAGGUGUGAACAGUAUCCUGUCAGACUAAUUUCCCAAAUAACAAAUGCUUUGAGACUGAUUUUUAACAAGAAAGGCAGGAUGUAAUUUCAAGGUUGGACUCACUGGUGAAAACCUACAGUAUAGUAAUUUUAUACUACUGAUUUAAAGAUGUGUCCCUUGCUUUGGUAUAUGUAAAUGGCAAAUGCUAGACUUCUACUAUAAAAGUUAGGAAUCUUAGCAUGUUCUUACCUAGAGAGAAGACCAGCCAAAUUUUGCAUGAAGUAGAACUGAGAUGCCUGUAGGUAUGGAAAAUAUGUCAUGAGAAGUGGUUUUGGAUGAUUUCAAAUGUCUGAAUAAGUAUGUGAUGGAAUACUAAGAGUUCUGUGUCAUGGUCAGGUAGGAUAUUCAAAAUAUUUAGUGAUCAGUUUGUCACGGGCACCCCCAGUCAAACAGAACAGAUAAUCAUAACAACUUUCAGCCCUUAUGCCAUACCAGCUGAAUGUCAGCCUUGAUCACGGAACAUGGUAACAAUGGAGCUGCUAUUAGGUGGAGUCAGAGUAAAAAGUCACCUUUUCCCCUACUAGAGUGUCUGUUUUUUACUUUAUAGCGGACAGAAUAUGAACUUGGAAUCAGACAGCCUUGUAUUCAAAUUUUGGUCUUACCUCUUCCUCUUUGCAAAAUGUGGGCAGUAAUACUUCCUCUAAAGCUUUGUCAUGAGGAUUAGUGAUAUAUGUGUGUAAUAAAAGUAUAUAACAUAAUG